UCUUUUCCGUGUGACUAAACUAAUCACAAUGAUUAUAUGCACAAACUGUCACAAGAAAAUGCCAACAAAAAUGGGGUAGCCCACCCAGCUUGGCUUACCUGAACCAGAUUCUGUUUCCAUAACCCCACCAAUUCAACAUGAAAUGGGCAUGCUUUGUUUGUCAUUGCAUGAAUUUUCACUUGAAUAAGUGCUUUAACUAGAAGGUAGUUAACUAAAGCACCUUGAAGUCUGUGUUGUACUACACUCUUAUUAAAAAAAUUGCCACUUUUUUCUUCUUGGUAGCACAAAAGAACCUUGGUUUCAGAGGUUGUUUUUUGUUGUUACUGUUCACAGCUGCCAAAGUUGCAAUCUUUUAGCUGAUCUAGAGUUUCAGAUGGAUAAAUUUCAAAUUGGUACUUCUGGAUAGUGAUUUUUCCUUGGCAAGUUGAGAACUUGAGAUGACCAGCCUCAAAGAUUGCUAUGAAGGAGAGAUGGGUUCUUCAGAGGUUUCAGGGAAAGUGGUGGUGGUUGCAGUUAAAGCUUCCAGAGAUAUUUCAAAGACAGCUUUGGUGUGGGCUUUGACUCAUGUUGUUCAACCAGGGGAUUGCAUUAAGUUACUUGUUGUCAUUCCAGCUACGUCCUCAGGCAGGAAGGUAUGGAGUCUUUCAAGAUAUACUACUGAUUGUGCCACUAGUCAUUGGGCAUCUCGUUUAGGAACUGCUUCAGAUCAGAAAGAAGUUAUCACAAAUUCUUGUUCUCAAUUAGUGCUUCAACUCCAUGACUUCUACGAUCCAGAUAAGAUAAAGAUCAGAGUGAAGAUUCUUUCUGGCUCUUCAUGCGGAGCAGUCGCUGCUGAGGCCAAGAGAGUUCAGUCAAGCUGGAUUAUAUUGGACAGAAAAGUGAAGCAUGAAAAGAAAUACUGCAUGGAGGAGCUGCAUUGCAACAUUGUUGUUAUGAAGCGGUCUCACCCGAAGAUUCUACGCUUGAAUUUGAAUAGUUUUCCAAAGAUUGAUCUCAACAGGGACUGUCCAUUGUCUCUGGAGCCUAAUUCAUAUACAAGAAACUUAAAAGAAAAAUCUGAACAUCGAGAUAGAAUUAAAGGUCCAGCUGUUACUCCUGCUAGCAGUCCAGAGUCAGGGUCACCGCCAUUGACUGCUACUGAUGUUGGAACAUCGUCGAUAUCAAGCUCAGAUCCUUGGACUUCCCCAUUUUUCCACUCUGAUAACUAUGAAAGACGAAUGAGAAGUUUUCCCUUUGUUCACGAGGGUCUGACAAACCUUGAGGUUGAAUCCGACUCAGAGAGUGAAAAGCUAAGUUUAUCAUCAAAAAGUUCAUACUUUCAGCCAUGGAUAGAAAAUGUAAUUUGUGCAGAUGGUGAGUUACAUGAGGAGAGUAUACAAAGUUCAAGUGACAAGGCUUUGAUUUCUACCUAUGAAGCUUUGCUUCAGAGAUUCACAACAAAAUUGGAUCAAGAUCCCAUUUUAGGAGCGCUUAAUUGUAAAAUUGAUAUGAACUUUAGCAAAAGUGUUAGAGAAGCAAUUUCACUAGCCAAAAGUGCAGCUCCUGGAUCACCCCCAUUAUGCUCUAUUUGCCAGCACAAGGCGCCUGUAUUUGGGAAUCCUCCAAGGUGGUUUACAUUUGCUGAGUUGCAACUUGCCACAAGUGGUUUUUCACAAGAAAACUUCUUGGCUGAAGGUGGUUUUGGUUCUGUACACCGCGGUGUCCUACCUGAUGGACAGAUCAUUGCCGUCAAGCAGUAUAAAUUAGCAAGUACUCAAGGAGAUAAAGAGUUUUGCUCAGAAGUUGAGGUCUUGAGCUGUGCACAGCAUCGUAAUGUUGUGAUGCUAAUUGGGUUUUGUGUGGAGGAUGGAAGAAGAUUGCUAGUUUAUGAAUAUCUCUGCAAUGGAUCUCUGGAUUCCCAUCUCUAUGGACGAAUGCCGAAUGUACUGAAAUGGUCUGCAAGGCAAAAAAUUGCAGUUGGAGCGGCUCGUGGUUUGAGAUACCUUCAUGAAGAAUGUAGAGUGGGUUGCAUUGUGCAUCGUGAUUUGCGGCCUAAUAAUAUCCUCCUCACUCAUGAUUUCGAAGCAUUAGUGGGAGAUUUUGGACUUGCUAGGUGGCAGCCAGAUGGAGAUAUAGGUGUAGAAACAAGGGUGAUAGGAACAUUUGGGUAUUUGGCACCAGAAUAUGCUCAAAGUGGUCAAAUUACUGAAAAAGCUGAUGUGUACUCAUUUGGGAUAGUGCUGCUGGAGCUUGUGACCGGACGAAAAGCCGUGGAUAUUAACCGGCCCAGGGGCCAGCAAUGCCUCAGUGAAUGGGCGCGCCCGUUGCUUGAAGAACAUGCCAUUCAUAAACUAUUAGAUCCGAGCAUAAAGAACUGCUAUGUUGAUCAAGAGGCUUAUCGCAUGCUGCAAUGCUCCUCUUUGUGCAUCCGACGAGAUCCACAUAUAAGGCCCCGAAUGUCUCAGGUGCUCAAGAUGCUGGAAGGUGACAUUCUCAUGUGAUUGCUUAUCAUAUUUCCAUCUCCUCAGUGAAUUCAGGAAUACAUAGCAUUAUGUCUUGUGGGGAAUUGCAUGUUGGAGAUUCUUCUUUUUCAUCUGUGGAGACUGCAGAAGUUUAAAGCUUAAUGGCUUGAAGUUUUCACUUGUAGAUUUUUGGAUAAGUGUUGUAAAUAUUAUCUUUUUGAGGAGGGAGAAAGGUGGAUAAUAUAACGAAAUCCGAACUCAUUAAUGUUUAUUAGUUGAUUUAGUUCAUUGUACAGAGAAAGAUUCCAGUUUUGGUUUCCUUGCUUAGUGUAAUGAAAAUUCCAUGAAAGAUGUAUGUUCUUGUUUGCUUGAAAUUGAAAUUAACUUUGAUUCAAAUGAA